AUGGCCUCUCCAGCCUCAGUUCAGGAUGUUUCAUGGCAACACGAGCUGAAUUCGGAGAAUGCCCUGUCAGAGAACCAGUCGAGCAUGGACGCGAAUGAACCAACGGAAUCCGAAUGUGAUCUCGACCAAAAGGCCUUAGAUCUCGUCAAAAAUGUUGAAGAGAUCCAUACCAACCUCAUGAACGCACAGAGGCACAGGGAGAAAACCAUGGAAAUAGUCUCGUCCAUGGAAUUACCUGUGUUCCCAUCCAACAUCGAUAAACGACUCGACGAUCUCGAGAUAUCCUUUGCGCUUGGGAUGGUGAUGGACGCCAUGCGAUGGAAAAUAUAUGCUCUGGCUACGCUGGAGGCCAAAAGAGCACUCGACAUCGCUAAUCGUCAAGGGAACGAAGUCAAUAUCGCCAGGUGCUACUACUGGAUGGGCCGAAUCCAGUUGGAGCAAGACGACAUACCCUCCGCCUACAAAUUCUUCCUGGCUGCACGGCCCUGCGCCAUGGCCGACCAGCAUGUAGAAGGGUCAAGCGUGGGAUGGUAUUUGAACUUUUCGCAUCCCACACUUGGUGAGGAAUUUCGAAGGCGCGUCUCUACCGUGCGGUGUCGCACUACUCCCAAGGGGACUCUCACAAAGGUCGAUCGAAACCACUCGGAUGAUAAACAAUCAAGGAAGCGCAAGCAGGAAGCCUGGAUAUCAGAACUUGUUCUACGACCCUCGACAUCGGCUGGUCCUACACAAGUAGCUUCAGUUACUGCAAAGGAAAAUCGGAAACAAAACAGUCGACCCGUUGUGUGGGAAGCCAAAAACACCGAGGACGCUCUCCAUGCUAACAGCCCUUUGGUAAUCAUUCAGAAAGGCGAAAUCAAUGCAGACGGAAUGGAAUGGCUGGCAGUUGCCAAUUCUGGUCCGCGUCUUCCUCAGAGCAAAUUUACCUUUCGUUGCUACUUCAAUGGCCUGGCACCACGUACGCGUCCUACAAAGAUAUUUCCUGAGCAGCCCGGGGAGAAUAUUCUUUCCGCCGAGGAAUGGCAGGCUUUGCAUCAGCGUUUUCAGAACAAGAGAGUCACACUGGCCUACUUGGAAUUUGAAAGAUGGCAGAACUUUAAAUUGGACAGCAAUUUGAGGUCCUUGAAGAAAUUGCCGGAGCGUAUUUGGGGUACCACUUGA